GAUGGCCGGUUGGCAGAGCUACGUGGAUAACCUGAUGUGCGAUGGCUGCUGCCAGGAGGCCGCCAUUGUCGGCUACUGCGACGCCAAAUACGUCUGGGCAGCCACAGCCGGGGGCGUCUUCCAGAGCAUUACGCCAGUAGAAAUAGAUAUGAUCGUAGGAAAAGACCGGGAAGGUUUCUUUACCAAUGGUUUGACUCUUGGCGCAAAGAAGUGCUCGGUGAUCAGAGAUAGCCUAUACGUGGAUGGUGACUGCACAAUGGACAUCCGGACAAAGAGUCAAGGUGGAGAGCCAACAUACAACGUUGCCGUCGGCAGAGCUGGGAGAGCAUUGGUUAUAGUCAUGGGAAAGGAAGGUGUCCACGGAGGCACACUUAACAAGAAAGCAUAUGAACUCGCUUUAUACCUGAGGAGGUCUGAUGCUGCCAUUAUGGACAUUUGGUAUCCCAACAUAACCAUCUGGAGUGUGUCCAGUUUGUUCUUCAUAGGACCAAUUUUUAUUUGCAGCUUGAGUUUUUAUAUGAAGUUGCAUUAUUGUGGACUUGGCUGUCUUGUGAUGAAUUUUUUUCAUAUGUAUUCUGUGCCAUACAACUGUUAAAAUGAACUGUUGCUAUUGUGAGAUGGAUUUUAACCGACCUCUUAAAGGUUUCUUUCGAAUGGCACUACUUUAGGGACAUUCUAGUAUUUGCUUCUAUUGUUUGGGCCUUGUGGAUAAUGUACAGAUUUAAGAACAAAUCUUGUUGCUGAUUUGUCCAUUUCUUUCCCUGCACUUUGUUACAUCUGGGAUACAGUCUAACUCAUCUGAUUUAAUAUGCAUUUAAAAAAAUGCCAUAACUAUUAAACACCUUGUUUACAGACAGAUGAAAUAAAUUUAUUCCAACCAAA